CAUCCACCUUCCAAGUCUCGGGGCGCCGCGCCGCCGCCGCGGGGUGAGACAUGCGUCUCUACCCCCUGGCCAGCCUCCUCGCUGCCGCCCGCGCCGGGAGAAGAGGGCCCGCGGGGCCCGCGGCUGCAAACUCGCCCUAGAAGUGCGUGGGUGCGGCGGGGACCCCUCCCCGGGGCCCGCGGCCGCCACCUCGCCGCGGCUGAGUUGGCACAGGUGGCCUCACGCCCUAUCCUGCGACCUGCGCCAAUGAGCCCGGUGGCGGUUUCGCUUUCUCCCCCCACGGCGGUGUGAACGAGCGUCCGCAGCGUGAUGGGCAACCACGUGGAGAAACUGACCCACCUAAGUUACAAGGAAGUUCCCACGGCCGACCCCACUGGCGUGGACCGAGACGACGGGCCCCGCAUCGGGGUCUCCUACAUCUUUUCCAAUGACGACGAAGACGUGGAGCCGCAGCCCCCGCCCCAGGGCCCUGAUGGCGGCGGCGGGCUGCCGGAUGGCGGGGACGGGCCGCCGCUGCCCCCGCCGCAGCCCUACGACCCGCGGCUGCACGAAGUGGAGUGUUCCGUAUUCUACCGCGACGAAUGCAUCUACCAGAAGAGCUUCGCGCCGGGCUCGGCGGCGCUGAGCACCUACACGCCGGAAAACCUGCUCAACAAGUGCAGUCCUGGCGACCUGGUGGAGUUCGUGUCGCAGGCGCAGUACCCACACUGGGCGGUGUACGUCGGCAACUUCCAGGUAGUGCACCUGCACCGGCUGGAGGUGAGCAACAGCUUCCUGACCGACGCCAGCCAGGGCCGUCGCGGCCGCGUGGUCAACGAUCUCUACCGCUACAAGCCGCUGAGCCCCAGCGCCGUGGUGCGCAACGCGCUGGCGCACGUGGGCGCCAAGGAGCGCGAGCUGAGCUGGCGCAACUCGGAGAGCUUUGCCGCCUGGUGCCGCUAUGGCAAGCGCGAGUUCAAGAUCGGCGGCGAACUGCGCAUCGGCAAGCAGCCUUACCGGUUGCAGAUUCAGCUCUCGGCGCAGCGCAGCCACACGCUGGAGUUCCAGAGCCUGGAGGACCUCAUCAUGGAGAAGCGGCGCAACGACCAGAUCGGGCGUGCGGCGGUGCUGCAGGAACUCGCCAUGCACCUGCACCCAUCCGAGCCGGAGGAGGGCGACAGCGAUGCCACGCGGACUACGCCGCCGCCUCCCGAGCGCCCCCACGCCCUUGGCCGGGAGGAGGAGGACCGAGAGGCCGUGGCUCACUGACCCCACGAGCUGAGCUCUGAGCUGCAAAAGGGAGCUGUUUGCAGCCGCCGCAGUCCCCUCCCUCCCUCCUUCUCUCCUAGACACCCGCCGGGUCCCAGCCGGACUCCUGGGCCCUUUGGUGGAGAGUUGGUGAGAUGGGAGGAGAGGAGGGGACGGAGGGAGCAGGAAGAAGACUUUAGAGCUGUUUUGUACUGGGAAUUAGGGAUGCUCUUUGAAGGAAACAAGCAUCGAUCCCAUGCCCUCAGAAGCAGGCCCGCGCCCAGCACGUAUGCCAAGUGCAAGCAGACAGAUUCUAUUUUCUUACCUGAGCAGAUAUUUUAUUGAGACCGCAUCUGUGGGUCAGAGGAGCCUCCAACUUCCGCUCAGCGACUUUUAUAUUGAAGGAGCUCAACACUUUUGUAGCUUUUAUUCCGUACUUGAUUUAAAGUGACUUUGUAGCACUAAAAUGCUUAGCAGAAGACUUGACUUGAGACUUUGAGGGAUAUUUUUAGCUUUUAUGAAAAAUGUCACCUCUGUGGUUGAACCCUCACAUCUCUGGUGUUCCUGGUCCGAGUAGCACUGUCGUACCACGCCCAACCACAUGGAAACAUAUUUUUGGAAGCAAAACUUUAAUUUUAUAUAACAUAUACUAUGGAGAGCUAAGAAAAUUUAAAGAAUACUUAUUUUCUAUGUUCUUUUGUUGUUCGUAACAAAAUGGAAUCCACUCUGUUGAAGACUAUACUAUGUACUUGUCUAACCAUUUUUUAUUGAUUAGAAUAAAAUCUAGCGUGAUCAGACAUCAAAUGGAUUUUCUUGAA